GGCCUCUUUGUGUCUGGCUGUGACACUGGAGCAGCAGCAGCAGGAGGAGGAGGUCUGUGUAUGCGAGAGAGAAAGAGAGGGGAGGUGAGUCGGUGCCUUCCUCAUCAACACUUCAGCCUCCAGCCCCCUCCUCCUUCUCCUCCUCAAGCCUCUCUCAUUAGCAGGACACCCCUUUAGGUGGCUUCCCCAAGGGAGGAGUAGGGGAGCUGCUGCUUCCUUGUCUAAGGGUCCUGAGAUGGCUUAUUCCUUGUAAGAUCCUGCACUGUGACACUCUCAUCCAGCUGGAAAAACUGCAAAACCCAUCCUACUGCAAGCCUGAGCAGGGCCUCAUCUUGGACGGAUAACUCCAAGCAAGCUGGGAAUAUCUUGGAUUUGAGACCGGCAGCUGCCUACUCUGAUGAGCUUGAUUUGUUAUAUUUUUUGCUGGAGAAUGAAAUUUGGCAUCUGACUUCUGCAACGACAUCACGGGAGAAGAUCUGCAGAUCACGCAAAAGGAAUUUAUGGGUCAUGAAGACAAUCUUUUUACAGGCAGGAAGGAAGAAAAUUGAGUAACGUGGAAAAGAGAAGGAAAUCUUACAUUACAGAGGCUGAAAUCUUAUAUAAGGAUAAUAUAAAGCACAAACCCAAAGGCAUGAACUGCUUGAGAAAUCAAAAUUAUUAAAAGAUUAGGGAUAUAUUUUCAGUUGGUCGUAGGUUGUCUAGAUUUUAUCUGAGAGGACAAAGUAUCACCAUAGAGGCAGAAUGGUAUUUAUUUUUACCCCUACGAGGGGGAAGACUUGGAUGUAGACUCACCAGUAGUGGUAUUUUUGCUCUAGGAUAUGUUAUUAAUAGGACCUUGUUGUAAGUUUGUUAGGAUGCUGUAGAAGAGUGGGAAUAUCAUUGGUUUUCUCAGGGAUUACAGCCUCCACCAAGCAGAACAUCUUCCAAGGAAUGAGCAUUCUCCAGUGGAAGAAGAGGAUCUAGUCCACUGAGGAUCCUGUGUUUCAAGGCCCUCAGCCCCCCAUGGAUUAGCAGUUACAAUCACGUUUAUAGUAAAAUCGGAUUACACCCAGAAGACUUGGAUACCCUCUAAUUUUUACUUAGUCUCCAUAAAAUCUCCCCUAGCUGUGGGAUUACCCAAAUUAUGGCUCCAAAUCAGAGUCUGGUCCUUCUCCUCCUUGGCUUACACUCGAGUCUGCUGCUGGUCACAGCUGCCGCUGCUCACAAUGAAGAGCGUUUGUGUGCCUACAAAGAUCCUAACCACUUGGAACAUGGGGUCAGUGAAAACCAGAUCUCCCCAGAGAAUGGCACAGUGGAAUGUUCUAAGGGCAAUACCUGCUUUGGAUUAUGGGAAAAAACAAGAGAUGGUGAAAUCAAUCUUGUCAAACAAGGUUGCUGGUCAUACACAGGUGACCCACAUGACUGUCACCAUGAAGAAUGCAUAGCCAAUAGCAACCCAUCACUCCAAAAUGGGACUUAUCGCUUCUGUUGCUGUAGUACAGAUAUGUGCAAUGUCAACUUCACAGAGAACUUCACAUCACCAGAUCCUCCAGAUACAACACCCAUCACUCACACAGGUUGGGAUCAUCGUGAGAUGACAGUAAUUAUUGCUCUUACUUCUGUGCUGUUCCUGGCUGUAGUGAUUGCCGUCUUCUUCUUUCUAUACAGAUUAUUUGGAGAAGACCGUAAACAAGGUCUUCACAGUAUGAAUAUGAUGGAAGCUGCAACCUCAGAGCCAUCCCUGGACCUAGACAAUCUGAAGCUAUUGGAGCUCAUUGGCCGAGGCCGAUAUGGCUCAGUGUACAAAGGAUCGUUAGACGAGCGGCCUGUGGCAGUGAAAGUCUUCUCUUUCAACAACCGUCAGAACUUCAUCAAUGAAAGGAGUAUUUACCGCACUCCUUUACUGGAACAUGAUAACAUAGCCCAUUUCAUUGUGGCUGACGAGAGAGUGACUUCAGAUGGGCGUCUGGAAUACCUUCUAGUAAUGGAGUAUUACGCAAAUGGAUCUCUGUGCAAGUAUUUAAGUGUACACACUAAUGACUGGCUCAGCUCCUGUCGCCUGGCACACUCGGUAACCAGGGGACUGGCAUAUCUGCAUACAGAGUUAUUACGAGGAGAUCACUACAAACCUGCAAUUUCUCACCGUGACCUCAACAGCCGUAAUGUUCUGGUGAAAAGUGAUGGGUCCUGUGUUAUCAGUGACUUUGGCUUGUCCAUGCGCCUGACAGGAAACAGGCUGGUGAGGCCAGGAGAUGAAGAUAACGCAGCCAUCAGUGAGGUUGGCACUAUCCGAUACAUGGCACCCGAGGUCUUAGAAGGGGCAGUGAACCUGAGAGACUGCGAGUCUGCAUUGAAGCAAGUGGACAUGUAUGCUCUGGGUUUGAUCUACUGGGAGAUCUUCAUGAGAUGCACUGACCUCUUCCCAGGAGAAUCUGUGCCCGAAUAUCAGAUGGCAUUUCAGGCAGAAGCGGGUAAUCACCCUACAUUUGAAGACAUGCAAGUAUUGGUAUCCAGAGAAAAGCAAAGGCCGAAGUUUCCAGAGGCAUGGAAGGAGAACAGCCUGGCUGUGAGGUCAUUAAAGGAAACCAUCGAUGAUUGCUGGGAUCAGGAUGCAGAGGCCCGUCUGACAGCACAAUGUGCAGAAGAGAGAAUGGCUGAGCUUAUGAUGAUCUGGGAGAGGAACAAGUCAGUGAGCCCAACCAUCAACCCAACAUCUACAGCAGUGCAGAACGAACGAAAUCUUUCACAAAGCCGACGAAUCCCAAAGAUUGGACCAUAUCCUGAUUAUUCAUCAUCUUCUUUUAUUGAAGACUCGGUGCACAAUUCAGACAGUAUACUGAAGAACAUCUCAUCUGAGACCUCAAUGUCCAGCACUCCUCUGACCUCUGGUGAGAAGAACCGGAACUCCAUUAACUAUGAGCGUCAGCAGGCUCAAGCUCGCCUUCCCAGCCCAGAGACUAGUGUUACCAGCUUGUCAACCAACACUAACACUACCAACACUACCGGACUCACACCAAGCACUGGUAUGACCACAAUUUCUGAGGUUCAACACUCAGAUGAAGCCAUGCAUGGCAUGCCGCCCACUGGGCCUACUCCUGUGUGUCUGCAGCUAACAGAGGAAGAUUUAGAAACCAACAAGCUGGAUCCAAAAGAGGUAGAUAAGAAUCUGAAGGAAAGUUCAGAUGAGAACCUUAUGGAACAUUCCCUCAAACAGUUCAGUGGGUCUGAUCCUUUGGGUAGCACAAGCUCCAACUUGUUUUACCCACUGAUAAAGCUAGCAGUGGAGUCUACAGGACAACAGGACUUUACACUAGCAGGGAACAGCCAAUCUUGCUUAGUUCAGGAUGUUCACCCUGCACAACUUUAUCCUCUUCCUAAGCAACAAAACCUUCCCAAGAGACCUACCACCCUGCCACUUAACACUAAAUCAUCUGGUAAAGAGUCCAGGCUCAAGUUUGGCAGCAAACACAAAUCUAACUUGAAGCAUGUGGAAACAGGAGUAGCCAAAAUGAACACAGUGAGUGCCGCAGAACCUCAUGUUGUGACAGUUACCACAACAACAAUCGGGGGCAGGACGGGCUAUGUGAACUGUCAAGGUACUUUAGCCCAAAAUUCCAACACAGCCUUAGGAACCAGUACAAACUCAAUGGCCCAAAGGGCCCAGGAGAUGCUACAGAGCCAAUUUAGAGGUGAGGACAGCCGAUUGAAUAUCAACUCCAGCCCUGAUGAGAACGAGCCUCUACUAAGACGAGAGCAGCAGGCUGGACAGGACGAAUCUGUGCUGGACCGACUAGUUGAAAGAAGGGAUCACCCUUCAGAGAGCAGGGUGAACUCAAAUAAUAAUAAUAACAGCAGCCAAUGUAUUCUACAAGACCCAGGGACGCAGGUUGCAGCUGUAGAAUCCAGGCAACGUCACACAAGAAGAGCACAGAGACCAAACUCUCUAGACUUGUCCACCUCCAGUAUUAUGGAUAACUGCAGCAUGCAUAGUGAGACAUUAUCUGAUAGUCGGGCUGGCUCAGGGGAGAAGAUUAAGAAGAGAGUGAAGACACCUUACUCCCUUAAAAGGUGGCGUCCUUCUACAUGGGUCAUCCCCACUGAACGCCAGGACUGUGAGGUCAACAACAAUGGCGGCAAUGAAUCUUUCAGCCACUCAAAAUCGAGCACAGCUGUUUACCUUAUGGAUGGUGGCACUGCCACCGCUGCCCUUUCUAAGGAUGCUAGAAUGAGCUGCUUGUAAAUAAUCCAGUCAUCUCUUUUUCCUUGUUCUUUUUUUAAGUUGAAUUCUGAAUGCCUCCAAAUCCAGUUCUUUUUGUAUCAUCCAAUGAGAAAGAAGACACAGAACCUAUUUCUACCAUCAAAUAUUUAAAGGACUUGAUAUAACUCUCAUGGAUUUGGAGGAUAUUGCAUGCAGUUGCAGGUGCAAGUCCCUCCAAAGCCACAAGGGUCAGCUAUGCAGAAAACACACAGAGAGACAUUUUAUGCUUCCACGAUUUUAUUUUGGCCAGUUUUGUUCUUUUAACUUUUGGAACACUUCUGCACGUAUUGUUUGCCCAGAACAUCAUGUUAUAUGUAUGAACAUAAAAUGAAAAAAAAAAAUGAAAAAAAAACACGAGAAGGAAGACAAGAAAAACAAAAGAGCACCUGAUAUCUCUCUUGUUGACAAAGAAGAGGAUACCUUUGACCCGUGUGGUCUCUAAAAUAUAAGCUGCAGGACAGGAUAAUCUGCAGCAGUCUUGUGCACGCAAUUUUAAUUUCUAUGCUCUGUCUAGUCUGUAUGUCGAUGUAUUGAGGGUCCGUUCGUUCAAAGAGAAAUAUACAAAGAAAUGCUUAUUUUCUGCCGUUUCUUUAAGUAGCAAGAACUUUGCACUUUUAGGUAAAAGCACUGCAAGUCAUAGAUAUAAUGGCUGCCUCCCCAGAAUUUUCCAGCUCCAAAUCCCCUUUGUUCCAGUUCUACUUCAUAC